CACUCCGACCUUCAGUCGUCAUUUAGAGAGCGCUGGCUCUGCCUGACACUCAGUCCGUUCAUCAUAGGUAUUCCAUCUUUAGACCAAGUUGAGACCUUUUAAAUAAUAGAACUUAAAGUUUAUAAAAAAAGGUUUUAUAACAUCCAAUAGAAACUCCUCUGUGAUAUAUUUGAUCUCGUUUUUUCGAAAAUGGAAUUCUUAUCGCGCAAAGUCAAAUCCAACGGUCAAUUUGACAAACGUCAGUUGAAUGGCGCGGGUGACCUAUCCAGGAAUAAGUCGAGUGAAACCGCAAUGAGUCCAGCGCCCCCCGCGCCAAGAAACAAAAGUGGCGCGCCAUUCGCUUCCUGCAAACAGUCGCUCGCUGUCAGUGGACUAACGUGUACGUACGACAUGGAACGUGAUCGCAUCGGUGUUUGGGGCUCCGGAGACGGCCAGUCCAACAGCAAGCUGUCCGGCCUGGACCGCCUGAAGCACCCUGGACUUAACAAGGGCAUGGCGUUCACCAUCGAGGAGCGGCAGGCGAUGGGCAUCCACGGGCUGCUGCCCCCCAGGGUGAAGAGCCAGAAGGAGCAGGUGCAGCUGUGCAAGCUGUCCAUCGACCGCUACGAGGACCCGCUCAACAAGUACAUCUACCUCAUGGGACUGCUUGACCGUAACGAGCACCUGUUCUACCGCUUCGUGGGUGAAAACGUGGCUGAAAUGAUGCCGAUAGUGUACACGCCGACCGUCGGGCUGGCCUGCCAGAAGUACGGCCUGGUGUACCGACGCCCGCGCGGCCUGUUCAUCACCAUCAACGACAAGGGACACGUUUACGACAUUCUCAAGAAUUGGCCGGAAACCGACGUGCGAGCCAUCGUGGUGACGGACGGUGAGCGCAUCCUCGGGCUGGGCGACCUGGGUGCGUGCGGGAUGGGCAUCCCCGUGGGCAAGCUGGCGCUCUACACCGCGCUGGCGGGCAUCAAGCCGCACCAGUGCCUGCCCAUCACACUCGACGUGGGCACCAACACUCAGACUAUGCUGGACGACCCGCUGUACAUCGGGCUCCGUCAGCGACGCGUCCGCGGCGAGGCCUACGACGAGUUCAUCGACGAGUUCAUGCAGGCCGUGGUGCGCCGCUUCGGACAGAACUGCCUUAUCCAGUUCGAGGACUUCGCCAACGCUAACGCCUUCAGGCUGCUGGAGAAGUAUCGUGGCAAGUAUUGCACCUUCAACGACGACAUCCAGGGCACAGCGUCAGUGGCUGUGGCCGGGCUACUGGCUAGUCUGCGCGUCACCGGCAAGAGGUUGUCCGACAACGUCAUUGUUUUCCAAGGAGCGGGAGAGGCAUCUUUGGGAAUCGCGGAACUGUGCGUGAUGGCGAUGAAGGCUGAAGGCACACCAGAGCCGGAAGCGCGCGCUCGCAUCUGGAUGGUCGACUCCAAGGGCCUGAUCGUGAAAAACCGGCCAGAGGGCGGACUUAAUGAACACAAGGAAAAGUUCGCAAAGGACUGCCCUCCCAUUCGCACACUUGCCGAAGUUGUCAAUGUCGCUAAGCCUUCUGUACUUAUUGGCGCAGCAGCAAUCCGCGGUGCGUUCACGCCGGAGAUCCUGCGUGCUAUGGGUGAAAACAACGACAAGCCCGUCAUCUUCGCGCUGUCCAACCCCACCAGCAAGGCCGAGUGCACCGCCGAGGAGGCCUACUCCAACACUGACGAACGCGCGAUCUUCGCGUCCGGCUCGCCGUUCCCGGAUUACCGCACAAAGGACGGCCGCGUCCUGAGACCCGGGCAGGGCAACAACGCGUACAUCUUCCCCGGAUUGGCGCUCGGCAUACUCUGCGCCGGCCUCGUGGACAUCUCUGAGGACUUUAUGCUGCUCGCUGCUGAGGCUCUCUCAGACAUCGUAUCACAGGAGAAUCUAGACCAGGGAAGCUUGUAUCCACCUCUCGAAGAUAUUCAGGAGUGCUCUGUUAAAAUCGCCAAGAGGGUCGUCGAACACGCAUACAAAACAGGCAAGGCCUCAGUCCAGCCGCAGCCACUGGAUACAGAAGCCUUCAUCCGCGCACAGAUGUACGACUACGGCUACUCGCCCGCUCUGCCGCCCGUCUACUCGUGGCCCGAAGACGCUCCUAGAGUACAAGUCAUGUAGACUGUAUUGCCAAAGAGUAUACUAACGUUAUAGCGCUUCUCUUGUCCAUAUCACCCUGGUUCAUGCAUUCUAAUACUUGUGCGUCACGAGACUUGAAACUGCGAAAUAUCCUUUAAAAAUGAGUUCUGCGCAGUUUUUGAGAAACAGUUUCGGUACAUGCGCAGUAGCAAUGGGCGACUGUUGCCCAAAACAAUGUAAUGAAUCGAACAAUCGAUAUAGAUCUUUUAAACUAUAUUCGUUACGAAUGCCUGGAAAUAAUAAAUCAAAAAUCGAAUCAAUUGCGCAAUUGAUUGCAUACGAUUUUCGAUUUAUUCGUCCCAGAUCCACGCUCGAAGUAAGAAUUGGACAAUAGAGAACAAUCGAUUGUUAUUGAAUUCGAUUGUUUUCUGAAUGAAUCGCCUAUCGCUAAGCGCUAAUUUUCAACUUUCGUGACGCGUGAGAUGCCAAGGUGUUCAAAUAUGCUUAGGUCCUAAAUAUGCAAGAACAUAAAAUACAUUGUUGAGUUAGUAAAUCGUGAAUGAAUACCUUUAUUAAACAAAAAUUUAAAGUUUUGCAGAAAUGAUAAUAGUUAUUAUGAAAAAGGAUUUUUAUGAGAGCAUAAGUAUGUGAACUAUAAUACCUAAACGCUGCUAUUGCUGAAAGAUUUGAAAAAAAAUGAGAAUUUGAAUUUAAACUUAAUAAAAAUUAAGUUACCUACCUACUAUUAGUUUAUUAACUUUAUUAAUAAAAGGAAAAAAACGAUAACGGGAUUUUAAACUUUUAUUUAUUAUUAAUUUAAAAUGUUACUUAAUUUAAUAUGUGUACCCAUUUUAAUUAAAGGUUACCAAGCCCCAAAGUGGAAAGUACCAUUGCAACCACAAAUGUAAAUGAUACCAAGAAGCAAAAUCAUAUUCAUAGUGCAUUUUAUUUGACAUAAAACCAUUAAUGUUACGAAUUUAAAAUGUAAUGAAGAAACGACUUGGCAGUAGAGCAAGCCCAAGUUGUGACGCUGAAUCUAUUAUUGUGAUAUGACGUGAUAUAUUUUUUACCUAAGUAUUUUAUUCAAUGGUUUUUUUAUUCGAAUCAAAAAGAAAGCACGUCAAAUUUUAAUAUAUUGCGACGUGUAUGUAGGUUUAUAUUUUUGUAUGUAAGUGGCUAUGAGAAAUAUUGUGAAGAAAAAAUUGUGGAAAAAAUAAUCCAUGUUUAAAAGGUACAUAA